CCAUUCAACACUUAUAUCGCAGACCCAUAUCUGUGGUGAUUGUCAUAGCAUUUGAUCCCAGAGUCCACACAUUGAGAUGGCAUCCAAUUUAGAGGCCAAUAAAUACCGUUACAGUCAGAAAGAAUACCGACGACUGCUUCGCGAAGAGAAGGAGCGACACAUCGCCGAAGAGUACCUCCGAAAGCGAGGCAUUCAUAAUGUGGAGCAACUGUUUCCGCCGGCGCCGCAGCCGACC